UCAUCAGUUACCCAUUUUCUGUAAACUGAAACCCAUUAAAAUUCAGUCCUUUUCUCUCUCUAGAAUCCAUUAAAGACUCCAUUUUUUUUUGCUUUGAAGCUCCAAAAAUGGCACCAAAACCAGCUCAAUUAUGGUGUUUUUAUGUUGCUAUGGCUCUGGGAUUCAUCGGCAUUGCCAUUGCUGAUAGCCCUUAUCGAUUCUUCGAUUGGAAUGUCACCUACGGCGAUAUCUAUCCUCUCGGCGUUCGCCAACAGGGGAUUUUGAUCAACGGGCAGUUUCCGGGACCGGAGAUUUACGCCGUUACGAAUGAUAAUCUUUAUAUCAAUGUUCAUAAUAGUCUCCCGGAACCAUUUCUUCUGUCUUGGAAUGGAGUUCAACAGAGGAAGAAUUCGUACCAAGAUGGAGUGUACGGAACAACCUGCCCAAUUCUGCCGGGGAAGAACUUCACCUACAGAAUUCAGGUGAAGGAUCAGAUCGGAACUUACUUCUAUUUUCCCUCUCUUGCAUUCCACAAGGCUGCCGGUGGAUUUGGAAGUAUUAGAGUACUCAGCCGCCCACUCAUUCCGGUUCCCUUCCCGGAGCCCGCUGCUGAUUACACCCUCCUCAUCGGCGACUGGUACACCGCCAAUCACUCGAUUUUGAAAAUCAUCUUGGAUGGUGGUCACAGACUCCCUAACCCUAAUGGAAUUGUCAUCAAUGGUCGUGGUCCGCUAGCUACCACGUUCACCGUUGAAAAGGGCAAGACUUACAGGUUUAGAAUAACGAAUGUUGGGCUUCAGCAUUCGCUGAAUUUCAGGGUUCAAGAUCAUGAGAUGACGCUUGUUGAAGUUGAAGGCACCCACACAAUGCAGAAUACUUAUUCCUCCCUUGAUGUUCAUGUGGGUCAAUCUUAUUCUGUGCUCAUCACUGCGAAUCAGCCAUCUCGUGAUUUCUAUAUUGCUGUAUCAACACGGUUUGCUUCCAAGAUUCUCAACUCCACUGCCAUUCUUCAUUACAGCGACUCCACCACCUCUGUUUCUGGUCCAAUUCCUGGUGGACCAACCAAUGAAAUCGAUUGGUCUCUUAACCAGGCUCGUUCUGUCAGGACUAAUCUCACUGCUAGCGGACCGAGACCGAAUCCGCAGGGCUCGUAUCACUAUGGUUUGAUAAAUAUUUCCAGGACUAUCAAGCUGGAGAGUUCAGCAGCUCUUGUCGAUCGCAAGCAGAGAUAUGCUGUUAACAGUGUAUCUUUCAUUCCUGCUGACACGCCUCUUAAGCUUGCAGAUUACUUCAACAUUGAUGGCGUUUUUCGCAUUGGAAGUAUCCCAGAUUUUCCAUCUGGCAAGAAAACGUACCUUGAUACCUCAGUCAUGGGAGCUGACUAUAGAGCCUUCAUUGAGAUUGUCUUCCAGAACCACGAGAACAUCGUACAGAGUUGGCAUCUUGAUGGAUACUCCUUCUGGGUUGUCGGAAUGGAUGGAGGAGUUUGGACUCCUGCUAGCAGAGAACAGUACAAUCUCCGAGAUGCAGUUUCACGGUGUACGACUCAGGUAUACCCAAGGUCAUGGACAGCCAUUUAUGUUUCACUUGACAAUGUUGGAAUGUGGAAUAUAAGGUCAGAGUUUUGGGCAAGACAAUACCUUGGACAACAAUUUUAUCUCAGAGUUUACACACCCGUUAAGUCCUUGAGGGAUGAGUACAAUGUUCCAGAUAAUGCUCUCCUUUGUGGGAAGGCUGCCGGCAGAAGCACAGCAACUCCAUAAACACCUGCUAUCAUGAUGAACAACUCAUUCUUUCAAUUGAGGUUUGGGCUCGCAAACAUCCCAUUUGCACCCGUCUCCAGUAUUUUUCUAAGCACACUUCAUUGCCAUUUUCUUCAUAUUGUAUUUGGCUUUCUUCCUCUGGUUUAAUGUUGCUUCCAAUUAACAAGUAUACAGUAGAAAGAAUAAGGAGAGGAACAUUCUGCUGUGAUGCUAACCUGUUUACAAAUUUAUAAACUAUAAUGAUCUUGAUAAGUCUCAGCAUGUUUUCCUCUCUUUCUUCUUCGUUGCUGCAUACUUUCAUUGUAAUUUGAACACAAUGUGAGAGAAGGAAGAAGGAAAAAGAAAUUGUUUUAGUGAGUAGGAUAGCAAUUUUAGUAGUUCUUUUCCUUACUGUGAAUUAUUGUAUCCCAAUAAGAACAUUGUUCGAUAUUCUUUAUUUAUUUUCAAGAUCAGCCAGAUUCCAUA